AUGCGCCGGCUAGUGCUGUGGCUGGCCGCGGCGGCGCUGGCGGCGGUGGGCGGGGCGCAGGCGCGCGCCUUCCCGCACGCGGGCCACCACAACAGCUCGCCCGGCCGCUCGCACCACGGCCACGGCCACGCCAGCGCCAACGCCUCGGGCGCGGACGCCGCGGCCGACCCCCUGGUCGUCGCCACGACCAGCGGGCUCGUGCGCGGCCGCUCCGUCACCGUGCUGGGCAGGGAGGUGCACAUCUUCACGGGCAUCCCGUUCGCGAAGCCGCCGCUGGGCCCGCUGCGCUACCGCCGGCCCGUCCCCGUGGACCCGUGGCACGGCGUGCUCGACGCCACCGCCAUGCCCAACUCCUGCUUCCAGGAGCGCUACGAGUACUUCCCCGGUUUCGAGGGCGAGGAGAUGUGGAACCCGAACACGAACGUGUCGGAGGACUGCCUGUACCUGAACAUCUGGGUGCCGCAGCGGCUGCGGCUGCGCCACGCCGCGCCCCCGGCCCCCGGCGCCGCACCCGGCGUGCCCAUGCUGGUGUGGAUCUACGGCGGCGGCUACAUGAGCGGCACCUCCACCCUGGAGGUGUACAGCGCGGACCUGGUGGCCGCCACCAGCGACGUCAUCGUCGCCUCCAUGCAGUACCGCGUCGGCGCCUUCGGCUUCCUCUACCUGCCCGACAUCGGCGACGGCGAGGAGGCGCCCGGCAACGUCGGCCUCUGGGACCAGGCGCUGGCGAUCCGGUGGCUGCGCGACAACGCGCAGGCGUUCGGGGGUUCCCCGGAGCUGAUCACGCUGUUUGGCGAGUCUGCGGGCGGCGGCGCCGUCUCGCUGCACCUGCUGUCGCCCGUCACCCGGGGGCUGGUGCGGCGAGGGAUCCUCCAGUCCGGCACGCUCAACGCGCCCUGGAGCUACAUGACCGCCGACAAGGCCAAGGAGGUGGCGCGCCAGCUGGUGGAGGACUGCGGCUGCAACGCAUCCCGCGUCGACUCGGCGCCGCUGCAGGCGAUGGCGUGCAUGCGCGCCGUGGACGCGCGCACCAUCUCGGUGCAGCAGUGGAACUCCUACUGGGGCAUCCUGGGCUUUCCCUCCGCGCCCACCAUCGACGGCGUCUUCCUGCCCAAGCACCCGCUCGACAUGAUCGACGACGCCGAGGACCUCACCGACACCGAGAUCCUCAUCGGCUCCAACCAGGACGAGGGCACGUACUUCAUCCUGUACGACUUCGUGGACUACUUCGACAAGGACGCGGCCACGUUCCUGCAGAGGGACAAGUACCUCGAGAUCGUCAACACCAUCUUCAAGAACUUCUCACCGCUCGAGAGGGACGCCAUCAUCUUCCAGUACACGGACUGGGAGCAGCUGGGAGAUGGUUACCUCAACCAGAGGAUGGUUUCGGACGCCGUCGGCGACUACUUCUUCAUCUGCCCCAGCAACCUGUUCGCCACCAAGAUGGCGGCUCGUGGCGCCACCGUCUACUACUACUACUUCACGCAGCGGACGAGCAGCAACCCGUGGGGGCAGUGGAUGGGCGUGAUCCACGGCGACGAGGUGGAGUACGUGUUCGGCAGGCCGCUCAACCUGAGCACGCCCUUCACCGAGAGCGAGCGGGACCUCAGCCUGCGCAUGAUGCACAGCUUCGCCACGUUCUCGCUCUCCGGGAGGCCGGGUGAUGACUGGCCGACGUACUCGUCGGACAGCCCGACCUACUACGUCUUCAACGCGGACACGAAGGGCACGGGGCGCGGGCCCAGGUCCAACGCGUGCGCCUUCUGGAACGAGUUCCUGCCCAAGAUACGCAACCACCCAGAUCUGCAGCGAGGGUGCAGCGGAACACUGACUAACGUCUCUGGAGACGCCAGCGCCAGCGUCCCGCUGUGGCCACUUCUGGCACUACUGACACCUCUGUCCCUCGGAGCUGCAGGGCUCCCUGGCACGGUCUAAACAUGGCGGCUGUCGACCGCCUUGGGCGCCGGUGCUGUCAGCACCCUGCGAAAUUAAAAAAGAUUAGAAUAACGUCGACUAUUUACCGUAUAUAAAGGAGGUGCAGGAAGUGUUGUGGAGGAUCGGGUACGUUUAACGUAUGUCGCAAUGUCAAAGGUAGGGUGAAUAUUUGGAGUAACAUAGAUCAAAGAGCUUUUCUUGAGACUAGUAGCUUCGCAGGAGUUGAGUUUGCUGUGUAAGCUGCAGUUCAAUGAAUAGCGAUCACUUUGACUGCAGCGGUCAGUCAGGUCUUGUAUCUACCACUAGAGGAGGUGAUUCAAAAACAAAAAUGCCAAAAAAUCUCAGAUCUAUCGCAGUGGAGCUUUCUUAUCGUGUUGUACACUUUCGAUUCGCACUGGAGAUGCCCAUUUUCAUGUAAUGGGCAUGAUACUGUUGUACUCCUUUUCUAAGGAGGUAGCUAUGUUUACAUUAUACAUGAAUGGGUUAAGGAAGGAAUAAUAACACGAAUUAUUACAUAGUCC